UUCUUGAUAGCCGCCCGGGCUUCGCUGUCGUCGCCACUGCAAAAUCGGUCAUUACAGCGGCACGCCAGACGGGCUGUAAACUACAGAUGGACCAGCAGGACCAGUCCUAUAUGUUUGCAAGUCUGACACGUUCUCACUCAGAGGAGCUGCUGCAAGGCCUCCAGCUCUUGCGGCAGGAUCACGAACUAUGUGACAUUGUGCUGCGUGUGGGUGAUGCCAAGAUCCAUGCCCACAAAGUAGUGCUGGCCAGCAUCAGUCCUUAUUUCAAGGCCAUGUUUACGGGUAACCUGUCAGAAAAGGAGACCUCUGAGGUGGAGUUCCAGUGCAUUGAUGAAGCUGCCUUGCAGGCUAUAGUGGAGUAUGCUUAUACCGGGACGGUGUUUAUCUCCCAGGAGACAGUGGAAUCUUUGCUCCCCGCUGCCAACUUACUCCAGGUUAAGCUUGUACUUAAGGAGUGUUGUUCCUUCUUAGAGAGCCAGCUGGACGCUGGAAACUGUAUAGGCAUUUCCCGCUUUGCAGAGACUUACGGCUGUCAUGACCUGUGCUUGGCUGCAACGAAGUUCAUCUGUGAGAACUUUGAGGAAGUCUGUCAAACGGAGGAGUUUUUUGAACUGACGAGAGCCGAGUUGGAUGAAAUUGUGUCCAAUGAUUGCCUUAAGGUAGUCACAGAGGAGACUGUAUUUUAUGCCCUCGAAUCAUGGAUCAAAUAUGAUGUAACUGAGAGACAGCAGCAUCUGGCUCAACUGCUGCACUGUGUUCGCCUUCCGCUGCUCAGCGUCAAAUUCCUCACUCGCCUAUAUGAAGCCAACCAUCUUAUACGAGAUGACCACGCCUGCAAGCAUCUGCUCAAUGAGGCCCUCAAAUAUCACUUUAUGCCUGAACACCGGCUGUCCUAUCAGACUGUGUUGUCUGCACGACCCAGGUGUGUCCCAAAGGUGCUGCUUGCAGUAGGAGGCAAGGCUGGACUGUUUGCCACAUUGGAAAGCACGGAAAUGUAUUUCCCUCAGACGGAUUCAUGGAUAGGACUGGCCCCUCUCAGUGUACCCAGAUAUGAAUUUGGAGUGGCGGUGCUGGACCACAAAGUUUAUGUUGUGGGAGGCAUCGCCACACAUAUGAGGCAGGGCAUUAGCUAUCGGAGGCACGAGAGCACAGUCGAAAGCUGGGACCCCGAAACCAACACGUGGUCUUCAGUGGAGCGUAUGGCAGAGUGUCGCAGCACUCUCGGUGUAGUGGUCCUGGCCGGAGAGCUGUAUGCCCUGGGAGGCUAUGACGGCCAGUAUUACCUCCAGUCUGUGGAGAAGUAUGUCUCGAAGCUGAAGGAGUGGCAGCCUGUGGCACCCAUGACGAAGUCUCGCAGCUGCUUUGCCACCGCUGUCCUAGAUGGGAUGGUGUAUGCUAUUGGAGGCUAUGGCCCAGCACAUAUGAACGGCGUGGAGCUCCACGCUGUCAUACCGCUCCUUGCUGGGAAAUGGGCUACCAUUUCCCAGCAAGGGAUGGGAUGCCUGGGAUGCCUGGGAUGCCUGGGAAAUGGUAGCCCCCAUGGCAGAUAA